AUGGAUUAUGAUUAUUUGAUAAAAUUUCUGGCACUUGGUGACUCGGGUGUUGGUAAAACUAGUUUUUUGUAUCAGUACACUGAUGGAAUUUUUACGUCACGCUUUGUAUCAACUGUUGGAAUUGAUUUCCGUGAAAAACGGGUGAUCCAUAAAAAUGCAACUGGAAGACAGCAGAGAGUUCAUUUACAACUUUGGGACACUGCAGGUCAAGAAAGAUUCCGAAGCUUGACAACGGCAUUUUACCGUGACUCAAUGGGAUUUUUGUUGUUAUUUGACCUGACAAAUGAGCAAUCGUUUCUGGAAGUUAGAAAUUGGUUGGAACAAUUAAAGACACAUGCGUAUUGUGAGGAGCCAGAUAUCAUUUUGUGUGGGAACAAAGUUGAUCUUGAAGACAGGAGGGUCAUAAGUGAAGAAAAAGCUCGUGAAUUAGCAAAAAAACAUGGGAUGCCUUAUUUAGAAACAAGUGCAGCAACUGGUCACAACAUUUCCCAAGCUAUCGAAUUACUAUUAGACAGAGUUAUGACCAGGAUGGAAGCAACAAUGGACACUGCGUUGUUGCCUCAUCAAAAAGUGCUGCGUUGCCAUGACCCAGAACCGCCACCUAGUAAUACUUGCUAUUGCUGACCCUGCUAUCUCGCGUAGAGCAAGUGUAAUUUUUUUGCUCGUACGCGCUUUUUUUUUUUCUCAAAUUUUUCUUCGGAGACGGAAGUGGAACAGCUUUGAUUUUUAG